AUGGGCUACUAUUUGACAAAUGGGAUAUUCCCUCGAUGGCCCGUAUUUGUGAUGAUGAUCCGACAUCCAGUUGGUCUGAAGAAAGCCUACUUCGUGCAACAUCACGAGGGUGCGAGGAAAGAUGUUGAGCGAGCUUUUGGCCCGGCUGCAGAGCGUUGGGCAUCGGACGACGGUGCUAGUUCAAGUCAUGGUGUUGCCACCGCGCCCCUGCAAAUGGGUGUACCGCGUAGUAAUGAAUACUUGCUCCAAGCUUUCACCGAUAUGCGCAGGGAAGGAGAACAUCUAGCACUCCAGGCCGAUAUGGUGGAAGAGCUUUGGGCACGUAGGGGAGCAGGCACACCGUGA